AGUACAGAGAGAUACAUCAGAGAGAGAGAGAGCGCGCACAAACAAUCUAGCGACCAAUCGUGGCCGCCAUUCAUCAUUAGACUAGAGAACUCCGGGGCUCCGGCUUCGGUUUCUUCGCCCUUUCUUGCUCUAAAGAGAAAAAAAAGGGCGUCAGAGCUUGGAUUAGACCCUGAUUUUCGAGGAAGUUUCCUGAUUUCGUUUUGAUUUUGGAGAUCUAGGGUUUUGGAGUUUUGGGGGGUUUGGGUUUGGAUCUUGGGGAUCUAGGGUUUGGAGAUGCAGCGACCGAGUAGGUUUUUGGAUCGAUCUGGGACGAUGGGGAGGGAGAAGCGGGGUCUUGAGCCUUCUGCUGAUGGAGAUGAACGUGGUUCUGAUGCUAAGCGCCAGAAGGCCCCUGCUCUUGCGAGUGUGAUCGUGGAAGCGCUCAAAGUGGAUAGUUUGCAAAAGCUUUGUUCAUCAUUGGAGCCUGUUCUGCGUAGAGUUGUUAGUGAAGAAGUGGAGCGUGCUUUAGCGAAGUUGGGGCCUGCCAGGCUUGGUACCAGGUCUUCUCCUAAACGAAUUGAAGGACCAGAUGGAAGAAAUCUGCAACUACAUUUCCGUUCAAGGUUGUCGCUGCCACUUUUCACAGGAGGGAAAGUAGAGGGGGAGCAAGGAGCAGCUAUUCAUGUUGUGUUACUAGAUGCGAACACUGGUCAUGUCAUAACAUCAGGACCUGAAUCAUCUGCAAAACUAGAUGUUGUAGUUCUUGAAGGUGAUUUUAACAAUGAAGAUGAUGAUGACUGGACAGAUGAAGACUUUGAAAGUCAUGUAGUCAAAGAACGUGAAGGAAAAAGGCCUCUUUUAACUGGGGAUUUGCAGGUAUCCUUGAAAGAAGGUGUGGGGACACUUGGGGAACUAACAUUUACCGAUAAUUCAAGCUGGAUACGAAGUAGGAAGUUCAGACUUGGUUUGAAAAUUGCUUCAGGCUUCUGUGAGGGAAUUCGUAUCCGCGAAGCAAAGACAGAACCCUUCACAGUUAAGGAUCACAGAGGCGAAUUGUACAAGAAACACUAUCCUCCUGCUUUGAAGGAUGAUGUGUGGAGACUGGAAAAGAUUGGCAAGGAUGGCUCAUUCCACAAAAGGUUAAAUAAGGCAGGAAUUUAUACAGUAGAAGAUUUUCUACGUCUUGUUGUGAGAGAUUCACAAAAAUUGCGGAAUAUCCUGGGAAGUGGCAUGUCAAAUAAGAUGUGGGAGAGCUUAGUGGAGCAUGCGAAGACUUGUGUCUUAAGUGGGAAGUAUUAUGUAUACUAUUCUGAUGAUACAAGGAAUUUUGGUGCUAUAUUCAAUAAUAUCUAUGAAUUUGUUGGCUUGAUUGCUGGUGGGCAAUAUUAUUCAGCUGAAAGCCUUAGUGAGAGCCAGAAGGUGUUUGUCGAUACCUUAGUGAAGAAGGCAUAUGACAAUUGGAUGAAUGUUAUAGAAUAUGAUGGGAAGGCCCUUCUAAAUUUCAAGCAGAGUAAGAAAACAACCACUUCUCGGAAUGAAGUUCCAUCUGCCCAGGAAAAUUAUUCUGCUUCCUAUGAUCACCAACAAGUUUCUCAAGCCAGCCUGUCAGUUUCUGUCCCGUCUGAUCAAUCUUCAAUUGAUACAGGAGUAACCAUGGGUGGUGGUGUCAUUUCAAGUAGCUACAGUGGAAAUCAAUCUGCCCCAUAUUCCACUCAAACUGAGCAUGUGGCACCCAAUGCUCAGUUACAGUAUGAAAGCAGUUCAUAUAAUUCACAAAACCAGUUCAUUGAUUCUUCACAGCAGACCCAAAUUACAAGAAAUGAUAGUACCGGCUUGGUAUUGGCCCCCCCGCAACAACCUAGCUUGGGUUUCCAAUCCAUGAGUCAGGCCUUACAGCCAUCAAACCUCAAUUCAUACGAUGACUGGACCACCCGUCAAAGAGAUAGCCGUGUUGAUGAUUUCUUCUCUGAGGAGGAAAUUCGCAUGAGAAGCCACGAACUGCUAGAGAAUGAAGAUAUGCAGCACUUGCUCCGUGUCCUCAGCAUGGGUGGUGCUGGUAGCUUACCAGAAGAUGGAUUUAGUUUUCCGGCAUUCAUGCCAUCACCAUGCCCUAACUAUAACUUUGAUGAGGAUCGCAGCCGCACAUCAGGCAAAGCUGUUGUGGGAUGGCUUAAAAUUAAGGCAGCUAUGAGAUGGGGAAUAUUUAUUCGAAAGAAAGCUGCAGAGAGGAGAGCUCAGCUUGUUGAGCUCGAUGAUUGAGAAUCUCAACCUUACAAGUGUUAGAAUUCGUGGUAGCAGUUGCCAAUCUCAGAUGACCUUUGUGACAACUCGAGGAUGGUUAGUGAUCACAAAAUUCUAACGUUUAGUGUCGCAACAAGGGAUCCACUUGUACCAUUUAUCUGUACAGCAAGCCGUCCUCCCGUGUUCACUGCUAAUGUUUAGUAAGUUCGAUGAUCACCGAUCAUUCUGUCACUGCAAACUAUGCGCAUGAGCUGGAACGAACUCGAACUCUCAUCAUCAUAGUUAUAAUGCUGCCACAAGUCCAUGAACUGCUGCUUUGUUAGUUAGUCAACCAGAUGAAGACUUGAUGAUGCUUGCUUGUUUUCGCCCUCUUUGUCUUAUGAAUAGAGAACACUUUUGGGCAUGCUUGUAUGUAAUCUGUUGUAUUUGUUUUAAUUUUAAAAAACAGUUAAAAUGGCUUUACUUGAUUUAGGUUGUUA